GUUUCCUGUAUGACUACUCGAGAGCAAUGAACAGCAAUAAAGAGUGUCCAGACCACACUACAGUUUACAGAACGAAUCAGCUCGACAUUUAUCCCCGAGCGCAGUUGUUGGAAGGUCGACGCAGUAAAACAUGGCUAUUCUUACAGUACUCAUUCUCCUGUCAGCGCUAUAUUCCGUGACUUGUGAGACCUCUUGCGUAACCGGAUGCACAUGUAAACUUAACCGCAUGACUUGUUUGCAACUGACAGCGUUUCCUCGACCCUUCAUAACAUCGGCUACUAUUGUGGAGAUAUUUCUGUCCUCUCUACCCGAGAUACCACCAAAUGCAUUCAUGGAUGUCCCGAAUGUUGAGAGCAUCUACUUUCGGCAAGUCGAUAUUGGCGUCAUCCGGCCAUGUGCCUUUACCUCAUUAGGAAACCGGGUUAGCAUAAACAUGGAACUUUGUGAGAUUGGCACAAUUGAAGCAAACGCAUUUAGGAAUAUACACGUCACUAGUACGAAGGAAUUCAGUUUGUCUUCAUCGACCAUAAGCAGGAUUGAGUCCUACGCCUUCAACAACAUCCAGGGGUUUCAGCUGUUCCGGAUGCAUGCAGUAGACGUUGCCCUCAUCCAAUCCUUUGCAAUGUACAAGUUCAGUAAUAUUCAUGAGUUCAUGAUGGCUGACAUGAACAUCACCGAAAUGCAAAGUUCUGCAAUAGAAGAUUUUACUAAUAUAAGAGUCAUGGAUAUUUACCAUGCCACGUUUACUUAUCUUGAAUGCAAUACCCUAGAAAAGCUUCGAUCACAGAUGGGGAGUAAUUUCAGCUUUCACAGCCUCGAUUUCAACUGCGACUGUGGACUUGUGUGGUUACUAGAUGCAAGUCAGACCGGUUCUGGAUUGAGACUUGAAGACAUCAUCUGCAACAAGCCUGCGUCAUUGCGCCAUGCCCAUCUCAGGAAUCUUACCAGUACAGAUCUAUGCAGCAGUAUGUCCGUGCCAAACUGUGAGAGCCCCUUUCCUUCCCCACCCAAUUCUUGCACACGCGGCGCCAGUGCUGUAGACCCACUGGCCUCCAAUGUGUUCAUUAUAUUUCUAAUGUGUUUUUCCGUCAAUAUGUUUGCUUAUUAAGGCAUCGAUAGAAUAUGUUGCCUUUAGUUUUGACUGUUCAUCGUACAUGUUUUUAAAAAUAACAUUUUUUUCAUUAACGAUCCAACUCUUUGAUAGAAUGAAGAUCAGAUCAUACAUAAAUGGAUUAGCGGAUGUGAUUAAAAUUGUGACUGAAUGAUAUGCAAAUGUUUAAGGAAGUGUAACAUACGAUUUCCUGGUCAGGCAGUCAUAAAAAUCUUUACUUCUCUGGGUGUUUACAUGUAGAAAAGGAAAUGAUAGUUUUUCACAUUUUCUGAUUUAUCAGGAAACCGUGAUGAACCUUGGGUAGGAAUCGGGAGUUUGAUAUAUUUUUACAUUUUAGUAGGUGAGAUUUAUCAGGAAACAAUGUUGAUCCUUGGGAACAGA